UGAGCAGCUGAUCCUCUUUCAUCCUCCUCUCACUGCACCGGUGCGUGACGUGAUCUCCAUGGGAACGUCGUCGUCUCCAUGGGAACAACGUCACGCAGCAGGAAGUGGUUUUGAAGUGAGUGAGUGAACUUAGCAUGGCAGCAAAGGCAGUUCUGCCUAGGAGGGCCGACCCCACUGAGUUGAAAGCCAUUUUUGAAAAGUAUGCCAGCGUCAAGAAGAAUGACGAGUGCUUCAUGUCACCGCAGGACUUUGUGAGCCGUUUCCUCCAUGCCCAUACAGACAUCCAGCUGUUGGACGAGGCCACGAAGCUGCUGGCUGGAGUGGUGGAUCAGAAAAAAGAUGGGUUGAUCUCCUUUCAGGAGUUUGUUGCGUUCGAGUCGGUCCUGUGUGCCCCGGACUCCCUCUUCAUGGUUGCCUUCCUGCUGUUUGAUAAAGCAGGCAGUGGAAUGACCAGUUUUGAGGAUGUGAAGCAGGUCUUCAGCCAGACCACCAUCCACCAGCACAUCCCCUUUAACUGGGACUGCGAGUUCAUUCGGCUGCACUUUGGCACACAGAGGGACAGGCAGCUCGGCUACGGAGAGUUCACCCAGUUUCUCCUGGAGAUGCAGCUGGAACAUGCGCGGCAGGCUUUCAUCCAGCGGGACCAAGCCCACAGCGGCUCCAUCUCAUCCCUGGACUUCAGGGACAUCAUGGUCACCAUCCGGCCGCACAUGCUCACAUCCUUCGUGGAGGAAUGCCUUGUGGCGGUUGCGGGUGGCAGCACGUCUCACCAGAUCAGCUUCUCGUACUUCAACGGCUUCAACUCGCUUCUCAACAACAUGGAGCUGAUAAGAAAGAUCUUCAGCACCCUGGCUGGACACCGCAGACAUGUCGAAGUCACCAAAGAGGAGUUCAUUGUGGCAGCUCAGAGGUUUGGCCAGGUGACACCCAUGGAGGUCGACAUCCUCUUUCAUCUGGCUGACCUGUCAGAGCCCCGCGGACGUGUUGGUUUAGUGGACAUUGAGCAGAUCGCUCCGCUGGAGGAAGGCGCCCUUCCCUACAACUUGGCUGAGGUCCAGAGACAGCAGUUGGGCAGUGAUGUCUCCCGCCCCGUCGUCGUCCAGGUGGCAGAGUCGGCCUACAGGUUCACCCUUGGCUCAGUGGCAGGGGCUGUGGGUGCCACAGCAGUGUACCCCAUUGAUCUGGUGAAGACACGCAUGCAGAACCAGAGAGGCAGUGGCUCCCUGGUGGGAGAGCUUAUGUACAAAAACAGCUUUGACUGCUUCAAGAAGGUGAUGCGCUACGAGGGUGUCUUCGGCCUUUACCGAGGUCUUGUACCACAGCUACUGGGUGUGGCGCCCGAGAAAGCCAUAAAGCUCACAGUCAAUGACUUUGUGCGAGGAAAGAACAGACAGAAAGAUGGCUCAGUCCCACUGGCAGCUGAGAUCCUGGCCGGUGGAUGUGCUGGCAGCUCCCAGGUGAUCUUCACCAACCCUCUGGAGAUUGUAAAGAUCCGUCUGCAGGUGGCAGGAGAGAUCACCAUGGGGCCGAGGGUCAGCGCCCUGUCCGUCAUCAGGGACCUGGGCUUCUUUGGACUUUACAAGGGUUCCAAGGCCUGUUUCCUACGGGACAUCCCCUUCUCAGCCAUCUACUUCCCCUGCUACGCCCACCUCAAGGCUCGCCUCAGCGAGGAGGACGGACGGAUAGGGCCAGCCAAGAUGCUGUUAGCUGCAGCGCUGGCAGGCAUGCCAGCAGCCUCUCUGGUGACCCCGGCUGAUGUGAUCAAGACCAGGCUACAGGUGGCGGCACGUGCCGGUCAGACCACCUACAGCGGCCUGGUGGACUGUUUUUGGAAGAUUCUCAGGGAGGAGGGACCCCGGGCUUUCUGGAAAGGAGCUGAAGCUCGUGUGUUCAGAUCCUCACCUCAGUUUGGAGUGACCUUGGUGACCUAUGAACUCCUGCAGCGCUGGUUCUAUGUUGACUUUGGAGGACAAAAGCCUGCUGGCUCAAAGCCCACCCCCAAGUCUCGGAUCAGCCUGCCGGCGCCCAACCCCGACCACAUCGGAGGCUUCAGGUUGGCCGUGGCCACGUUCGCUGGCAUUGAGAGCAAGUUUGGGCUCCAUCUCCCACGCUACACGGUGGCGACGGCAGCAGCGGCUCCCUCCGAUGCGAGCGCCCCCUGAACCUCCACAGUAGGGGGGGUAAGUGAAACAGGGGGCUUGAAUGUUUUCCACCAAGUCAAUGUAGUACAUUCAAUUACUUAUUUAAAGUUAUUUAUACGUUUUCUUCUUAAGAUAUCAUAUACAGUACUUUAUAUAGUAGUCCAUAUGCAACCAUAUGGAUUAGUGAGCCGAUUAGCACGGGUACUUUGUAGGACUCGUGCAGUAUUUGUUUUACCUUUGAUUGACAUUGUAUAGAGUUGUAUUAUAAUGUGGUUUUAUUUUUCAUACAGUUCAGCUGGUUCAGUAUAUGCACACAGGCAGCAGAAGUUUAAACACACCUAACUGCUUGCUUUUGUUGGAAAUACACUAUCGAACACUACAUACAGUUGCAGUUUUUUUCCAGUGUCUUCCUAUUGUUGCUUUAUAACCAAAAGCACAUUCCUCACAUGGUCAUUUAGCCGGUUAAAAAAAAAAAGAUGAUCAUAAAUGUAGCACUUCAGAGAAGAAAUCCAGAGACAUAUUUUCAUAUCUCUUCAUUACUCUUUCAAUCGUGUGCUCAUUUGAUCAAAUGCAUCAACAGAAAUAUGAACAAAAAAGUACUGAAUGUACACAAUGUUUACUGUAAGAUGUUUGGUUUCAGGUUUAAAUGUAUGCAGAUGUGUAAAUAUUUGAGAGACAGCUGGCACCGACUGCAGUUCUGCAGUGUGUCACGGCUGAGUAUUUAAAUUUGUACAGGACAGAGAAUGUAGGAGUUACAUGUGGUGUGUAAUAACCGUGCCUUACUGUGCGUAUGGCAGCAACAUGUGUACCGAGAGUAAAAAGAAACUUAUAUUAGUAAA